AUGCCAAUUCGUAAAGAAACUACACGUCAUCAUCUUAGAGAUAUAAUACACAAGGAAAGGAUCCAAAAAGCAAAAGAACGUAGAAUCAAACGGAAACAACGAAAAGAAAGUGGUGCACCGGCAGGAAUUCCUCAAACUCUUGAAUCACUUAGAACAGUUGAUGAAACAAUCGUUCCUAAAGAUGAUGAAGAAGUUGUCAUUGAACAUGAAACAGAUGAGUUUUCAUCUAUUUUUAGUGGAGAAAUUACUCCUAAAAUUUUGUUGACUCAUUCUGAUCGUGUUUGUCCUAGGACAAUCGGAUUUUGUAAAGAACUAAGUAUGGUCAUUCCAAAUGUUCAUCUUGUUGCACGUUGGCAUUUACCUCUUAAAAAAAUUAUCCCUAUGGCUAUUGAACGUCAAUUCACUUGUUUAAUAAUUGUCAAUGAAGAUCAGAAAAAAAUUAAUACUCUAAUAGUUAGCCACUUACCAAACGGGCCAACAGCUACAUUUCGCCUAACUAAUGUGUUACUUCGUCGUGAAAUGCGUUCAGCUAAAAAAGCCAAAUAUAUUGAAUCGAAUAUAAUACCACAUUUGAUUACUACACGUUUUAUGACACGUCUUGGUCUACGUACUGAACGUAUUUUAAGUUCAUUAUUUCCUAAUGAAAGUCGUUUACCGCCACAACCACAUAGUAGAACAAUCGUUUUUCAUAAUCAAAGAGAUUAUAUCUUUUUUCGACAUUAUCGUUAUAUACAUCGUGAUACAACUGAUGUUCAUAACGAUGAUGAUAAUGAAAAUGAAGGUAAACAUAAUACAGAACAUAUCGCAAUGAAUGAAGUUGGACCAAAAUUCACAUUGAAAUUACGUUCAAUUCAACUAGGUACUUUCGAUAGUCAAUAUGGUAAUUAUGAAUGGGUUCGUAAACGAACAGAAAUUGGUAGAAGUCGGCGAACAUUUAUCUUAUAG